ACUGUAGGGCCUGCCCUCCCAGGAGUGCCGGGGAAGGAAGCCCUAAUGUGAGAAGCCCCAGGGAGUGGCCGGUGGCUUCCUGCCUGCAGCUGAGCAGGUGGGCUCCAGGCAGCCAAACAAGGCCAGUGUGACCACUGCUUCCAGGCUCUGGUUGGAUCUCAAGCCUCAAGAUGAGUAGGGUGGAGGAACUCUGUUUUUUUCUACUUUGCUUUGUGAUACGUCAUCACAGCCCCUCCAGACCCAACCACUUCUCUACACAUAGCACACAGUCCACUGCUCCAAGUGAGCAAAGCCCCACGGACUGGGGGUACCCUUGCCAAGGCACCCAAAAUCUCUGAUGGCUCUGCUGCCCUGGUGCUGAAGUGCCAGCUUCGAUACCCAGCUCUGGGGGUACCCACCUAGGUGUCUGGGACCAUGCUGUGGAAGUCCGAAGACACAGUUGGAGUUUCCUGAAAAGUAUGUGGUAGGACCAGACCAGCCCUGGUGGGAAGGGUGGAAUGCAGGAAAGGCAGGUGAUGGAGAGAACGCGUGGCUUUGACCCCUCCUGCUUGGGAGCAUCACAGGCAUUGCAGGUGGAGGUGUCUCUUUUCCUCUCUUCUCCGCUGUCACAGAUGUGCCCCCCUCUCCAACACAGGCAUCCUAGGAGAUGCCUAGCAAACUCUCCUUUGCACUUGCUCCUUGGAAGGACAGAUGCUGGGGCAUGCCCCCGAGUAGGGGUGCUUCAGUUACCUUCAACAUCCAAGGCCACUGUUGGUGGCAGGAGUAUGCGCCAGCCCUCACAGGUACUGAGUCUAAAGAGACAGAAGCACUGAAGUGGAGGGUCCUGGGCCCCCACCCUCCUGCUCCCAGCGCCCUGGAAGCUGGGCCCCACCACGGGGCUCACCCCAUGAGCUUCAGAGUCUCUGGGUCAGAGCCACUGGGCCCCAGAGGGGACAGUCCUCUGGGUGCCUUGUUAAGAGCCAAGGCCAGGGGAUAAGGAAGCGGCCAAUCACAUGCCAAGUCCUCCCAACCUAGAGAGGCACCCUGGCCCAGUUCCUCCUCCAAGUUCGUAUUGGUGGUGGUGGGAAGGGCCCCGCCACCACAGUAGUGUUAGACGGCCUUAAAAGAAAUGCUUUACCCAGAGCCUAACCCAGCUUUACACCCAUCCUCGGACCUCUUUACAGUCUAUGAGGUGAGCAUUUCUCCUGCUUUACCAAUGAGAAGCUGCUUGAAGAGGUUACGUUGUUCAUCCAGAGCCUCCCACCUGGUAAGUGUGGGAUCGGACAGGACCUGCCCCUUGCUGUCUGGCUCCAAAGUCAGGACGGGCUCGCUUUUCCUUCAGCAAGCUGCCUCUGGGGGCCCAGGAGGCUCCGGGGCUGAGGAGGCUCCCAAAGGGCCUCAGGCCCAGGGAACUAGGUUGAACAGAGCUGGGGCCAUAGCUUCCCAGGGCUUGGUCCCCAGUCCCAAGCAGGGAGCGGGGCCGCUGAGCAACAGUCUGGGUCCUGCCAGCGUGGGAGCCCACGAGAGCAGGCAGGUGGAGCUCUUGAUCCGUGCCGCAGGCCCUGCUGCGGUCUCUGCUGCCGUUUGCAUUUCCUGAAACCGGAUCUUGGUGUCAGAGCCGCCCCUGGGCCGGGCGGGCGCCUCAGCCAUGGCCCUGCGCAAGGAGCUGCUUAAGUCCAUCUGGUACGCGUUCACCGCGCUGGACGUGGAGAAGAGCGGCAAGGUCUCCAAGUCCCAGCUCAAGGUGCUGUCCCACAACCUGUACACCGUCUUGCACAUCCCUCAUGACCCCGUGGCCCUGGAGGAGCACUUCCGAGAUGAUGACGAUGGUCCCGUGUCCAGCCAGGGAUACAUGCCCUACCUCAACAAGUACAUCCUGGACAAGGUGGAAGAGGGGGCUUUUGUUAAGGAGCACUUUGACGAGCUGUGCUGGACCCUGACGGCGAAGAAGAACUACCAGGUGGAUAGCAACGGGAACAGCAUGCUCUCCAAUCAGGAUGCCUUCCGACUCUGGUGCCUCUUCAACUUCCUGUCUGAGGACAAGUACCCUCUGAUCAUGGUUCCUGAUGAGGUGGAAUACCUGCUGAAGAAGGUGCUCAGCAGCAUGAGCUUGGAGCUGGGCUUGGGGGAGCUGGAGGAGCUGCUGGCUCAGGAGGCCCAGGCAGCCCAGAGCAGCGGGGGGCUCAGCGUCUGGCAGUUCCUGGAGCUCUUCAACUCAGGCCGCUGUCUGCGAGGCGUGGCGCGGGACACGCUCAGCAUGGCCAUCCAUGAGGUCUACCAGGAGGUCAUCCAAGACGUCCUGAAGCAGGGCUACCUGUGGAAGCGAGGGCACCUGAGGAGGAACUGGGCAGAACGCUGGUUCCAGCUGCAGCCCAGCUGCCUCUGCUAUUUCGGGAGUGAAGAGUGCAAGGAGAAGAGGGGUGUGAUCCCACUGGAUGCGCAGUGCUGCGUGGAGGUGCUGCCCGACCGAGAGGGGAAGCGUUGCAUGUUCUGUGUGAAGACUGCCUCCCGCACCUAUGAGAUGAGCGCCUCCGACACGCGCCAGCGCCAGGAGUGGACAGCUGCCAUCCAGACGGCGAUCCGGCUUCAGGCCGAGGGGAAGACGUCGCUGCACAAGGACCUGAAGCAGAAGCGGCGCGAGCAGCGGGAGCAGCGAGAGAGGCGCCGGGCUGCCAAGGAGGAGGAGAUGCUGCGACUGCAGCAGCUGCAGGAAGAGAAGGAGAGGAAGCUUCAGGAGCUGGAGCUGCUGCAAGAGGCGCAGCGGCAGGCGGAGCGCCUGAUGCAGGAGGAGGAGGAGCGGCGCCGCAGCCAGCACCGGGAGCUCCAGCAGGCGCUCGAGGUCCAGCUGCGCGAGGCAGAGCAGGCCCGGGCCUCCAUGCAGGCUGAGAUGGAGCUGAAGAAGGAGGAGGCUGCCCGGCAGCAGCAGCGCAUCAAGGAGCUGGAGGAGAUGCAGCAGAGGCUCCAGGAGGCCCUGCAGCUGGAGGUGAAAGCUCGGCAGGACGAGGAGGCCGUGCGCCUCGCUCAGACCAGACUGCUAGAGGAGGAGGAGGAGAAGCUGAAGCAGCUGCUGCAGCUGAAGGAGGAACAGGAGCGCUACAUUGAGCGGGCGCAGCAGGAGAAGCAGGAGCUGCAGCAGGAGAUGGCUCUGCAGAGCCGCUCUCUGCAGCAGGCCCAGCAGCAGCUGGAGGAGGUGCGGCAGAACCGGCAGAGGGCCGACGAGGACGUGGAGGCUGCUCAGCAGAAGUUGCGCCAGGCUAGUACCAACGUGAAACACUGGAAUGUCCAGAUGAACCGGCUCAUGCAUCCUAUUAAACCUGGAGACAAACGUCCCACCACCAGCAGCUCCUUCACAGGCUUUCAGGCCCCUCUACUUGCCCGCCGCGACUCCUCCCUAAAGCGCCUGACUCGCUGGGGAUCCCGUGACAACAAGACCCCUUCACCCAGCAGCAGUGACCAGCAGAAGUCCCUCAAUGGUGAGGAAGACGCUUCCAGCUCAGCUUCCGCCUCUGAGGAAGAUAAACUGGACCUGGCACCAGAAAACUAACCUCUGCCAGUCUCUUGCCCCCAAUCUCACACCUACCAGGACCUGGCCACAGCUGGCCUGUGGGUGACACCAGCCGCUGCAGAAGAAGGAGCGGCAGCCCUGGUGCCCAGGGCCCAGGCCCUCGGACCAUGAAACAGCCCGGAUUGGAACCUGGUUCUUUUUUUUUCACCCCAGCCCCAGGCCUCAGACCACUGAGGCUGUCAGGGAUGUUGAUCCUUGAGAACUUGACCCUGUGCCUUAACUCCAAGGGCCCUAUGCCCUGGGCUGGGAAAGAGAGUCAACAAGCAAGCCAGGGACCACCUGUCCCCAGACUGCCACCAAGUUUGGAGGCACACUUCUGAAUAAAAACUGCUGUUGGAAUAAA